AUGCAAGAUGGCAAACCAAAUUCCUAUCACAGACUUGGGCGGUUUGUCGGCUUUUCCAAGCAGCCCAAACAGGCAAGAGUUCAGGACGAGAGGUGUCCCUGCCCACACGUCUCCCGCCAGAAGGCAAGGCGAAGCGAUGGCUUCGGGCCCACCAGCCGAGGGGUUUCGUUACCAGGCCGACAGCACCCUACGUCCACGACGCCUGGGCUCCGGGCCCGGCCGCCGCUGCACAAAGGCCGCGACUCCGCGUGGCCCAGCCCGCCUCGCGCGCUGCGCCCCGCCCCGAGCCCCGGCCUGCGGCCUCGCCCGGGAGGGGAGGAGGAAGGGAAGGGCGCAGCCUCUCCAGGCCGCAGCGCCCGCUACUCGCGGGGCGCCCCUCGCGCCCCGCACCUACCUGUGGCGCCCGCGACCUGCCCGAGCCGCCCGCAGCCCGACCACAGACGGCCGACCCUCACCGCCCCGGCGCCGCCGCAACCCGCCAAGGCCCUCGCAAGCUCUAGGCUCUUGAGACCAGCUGCCGCGCGGACGAGCGGAGGGCGGGCCUUAUCGGCGCGCGACCAAUCCCGGCGCACGGCAGCCGCGCAUUGGGGGAGCCGGGAGCGGGCUGAGGAGGCCGCCAAUCGGCGGCGCGAGGCGCGCGCGGCCCAAUUGCGAGACGCGAUGGCGGACGCGUGGGCGGGACCAGGCGCCAGCCUUGAGGAGCUAACGACCGUGGCCCAGGCGGGACUAGGCGCGCUGAGGACUGCGGCCGCAGGGAGCGCCGGGAGAGAGAAGCUGGUGCCUCACUAUGAAGAAAGGAGCAGCAAAUCCAGAUCCAAAGUACACAGUCAUCAUCGCCAGUAACCGCCACUUGUUUUCCACCGAAAAUGGCAAAUUCUUUCCACGGCCCUCCUCGUAGUGGCUGCAACGGACCACGGAGGUGAUGAACCUCAGACACUUUGGCCCAACAUGGUGCUGCUGGAAGCUCAGCAAGGGGCGCAGGGGUGGACGGCGGAGAUAAUGGCCGCACCACCACAAUCCUCUUCCUUCACGACCUUCGGAUUGGUAUUUUUUUUUUAAGUAAUAAAAAAAAAGGAAAAAAAAGACUCAUUUCACUCUGGAGGAAAAGGACCUUACCAUACAUUUCUAACUACCUCCUAUGCUACCAACACUUGAGAUUAAAGUCAUGCAUCUCUUGUUUUUUUCUCUGUGUAACAGUCCUAGCUAUCCUGGAACUAUCCAGGAUGGCCUUGAACUCACAGAGAUCCACCUGCCUCUGCCUCCCGAGU